CUCCGCUCGAGCCGCCGGCUCCGACCCCGGAUCACGAUCCUUUGGCGACCUUCGCAUCAUCCACGCUUAAAACAUACCUCAGCUAGUUACCACCAUGGUAUACUAAGUAUCCAAAUCCAAUUAAGGUCUAUCUCGAUAACAUGCCUCUCCAGUUUUGAUCCUUACCCUGUGCUCCUCGUAUCAUUGAGAAUACCCUCCUUACCAACAAACAUACACAUACUUACCCCCUACACCAUAGCCAGGCCAUGCCGCCCCAAGACUCCCCCGACAGCCGCGCCCCCCCAACCCGCUUUGCGGUGGCGCUUUUCCCGGGAUUCCAAGCGCUGGACGUGUUCGGCCCGCUCGACAUCCUCAACAUGUUGUCCAGGACCCGUCCUCUCUCCCUAGAAAUCCUAUCCGCGACGCUUGGCCCGGUCCCGACGCUGAUUCCGUCCUCGGGCCACACUACGGGCCAAUCUGUCGCGCCUACGCGCACCUAUGCCGAUGGCGCCGACGACAUCGAAGUCCUGCUCGUCCCGGGCGGCGUCGGCUCUCGCGAUCCGGCGAAUGUGGCGCCCGUCGUCGAGUACGUGCGCGCAGCGUACCCGCGCCUCAGGUACCUAUUGACGGUGUGCACGGGCAGCGCAGUAGCAGCCAGGUCAGGUGUAUUAGACGGGCGGCGCGCGACCUCGAACAAGAGGGCGUGGGAGUGGGCCACGGCGCAGGGCCCGCGCGUGAACUGGGUGCGCCAGGCACGCUGGGUGACGGACGGCAAUAUCUGGACGUCCUCGGGCAUCUCGGCGGGUAUCGACAUGAUGUACGCUUUCGUCGCGGACCAGUACGGCGAGGAUGUCGCGCAGACUCUGGCUAAUGCGUCUGAGUAUGUCCGGAACACGGACCCGGACUUUGAUCCAUUUGCCGGAGAAACGGACAACGGGGCUGCGAAAUAAGGGGUUGUCUAAAUAUAGUUGCGCCUAUGCUUGUGCUUGGGACUCUAGUAGGACGGGUGGAUGAGCGGGUGAGCGGGCGAGCAGGCGAAGAGUCUGCGUAGGGGGUGCAUGAUACCACAAUAGAGAAUACGAAGUAUACCUAGGCAAUGAAUAUAGUUUAGUCUAUCAG